AAACAAUAAAUUCCAACAUGGUGGCAAUGUGCUACACAGUUUGAAAAUGCAGGUCGUGUCAUGCUUUGAAAAUAAUCAUUUUAUACUCGAAUUUGGUGGAAAAUGUCGGACUCUAAACGUGCUACUCUUAUAACAGUGGGUGCUCCUAAAAGUGCAAAGAAUAAUGUGAAUAAAACAGUGAGAUUAACUAUAAAUUUGGUUGAAAGCAACGAAAGUAAAUAUCCAGAGCUGAAUUACAAGGAACUAGUCAUUGCAGAAGAGCGCAAGAAAAAAGUAGAAAACGGCAAAACAAGGGGCCUAGACCCAUUCUCCGACAAUGACGAUGAUGUCAAGCAGGUUGCAAGAAAGUUUGAACAAAAAUAUGGAGGCAAAAACACAUACGGACGGACAGGACGAACGAAGCAAGACGAGUUUGCUGACAUCGGCGCCGGAUACGACGAGAACGAUUCAUUCAUUGAUAACACUGACGUAUGAUGAGAUGAUUCCACCAGAUUGUGAUACAUACUAUGGUGGUUUCUACAUCAACAGCGGCUCGCUAGAAUUCAAGUCUGUGCCGGAGAACAUAGCCCAUUCAGAACCGGAUCCAAGGAGGAACAAGCGUCGUAUAUCAUCAAGCAGUAGUGAAGAAGAGUCAUCAGAGAGCUCAUCAGAGUCCAGUCAAGAUGAGAAGGAUCCAAAACCUGUAGCCAAUGGAGUCGUCGACUCACUUAAGACUGAACAUCGGAAGAUGAAAAACAAAAAGAUUGAAAAGAAUAAGAAGGCUAAGAAGAUAAAAAGAGCUAAUUCAUCAGUAGCAACUUCUGGGAAACAAACUUCCGAUGAUAACGCUCACGAAAGUGCAGACUCGCGGACAUCCCAGUCGGACUCGCUCACAUCAAAACCUGCCCCCAGUUCAGAGAAUGUGGUCACAUCAGACAGUUCCAGAGAUGUAGAACCAAAGAGUAGGGCGAAGCUACCAGCGGUAAUUGCACAGCUGAUCGAAGAGUUAGAAGCUGUGGUUAACAGAUGUCUGUUGGAAAACCCCAACGCUACUCCUAAAGAUCUCGAGCUAAAGACUGAACAUCAUAUCAUGAGACUGUCUCAAGCUUUGACGUCGUCGACUGAAGAAAACGCAGUGAAACGUACCGCGUGGACUCUGGCUGCUCGUUGCUUGCGAGUGUCUCGCACUAAACUCGUCCAGCGCGUAACACUCGCAACACUCGCCAAAACCGCAACGGCCGCCUCCACGUCUCAGCAACAACCAGAAUGUACCACAGCUCCUGUUCAAUCGGCUGCGGUGAGCAACAAACGUAAAGCGGAUGAUGAUCUCGACGAGGUAGACUAUAGCCGUCUCACCGCAGACGAAAGGGAGGAGAUGAUUGUGGAGACAUUACGAAAAUUAAAAACAUUAAUAGAAGAACGGAAACCAGGGAUGAUUGGCAGUUAUAAUGCUGAAUGUGAAAGAGUUCGUGAAGAAAGAAAGAAGAUAAAGAUAGCCACAGUUUCUGAAGGCGCGCCUCACAUAGAGAAACGUAUGCCGAAGCGUCGUUUCCCCUGGUGUCCGACAUCGCGCGCGCUCCUCCACCGCUUGAGGGCGCUAGCGGGCGGCGGGGACGCGGCCGCCAUGCUGCUAGCUAAGCGGGCGUUGCCGCUGUUCCCGGCCGGAUUCGUUAGGAUGCCCACGCUACUGCGGCAGGCGGACCUCAGUAAAGAGAUAAAAGUAGCAGCUGAAACGAAACGUCAAAGGUUAGGAUCCGCAUCACAACCUCCCGCCUCCUUCACCGAACCCAUACACUUUCCGAGCUCGUUAACAGUCACCACUACCACAAACAGGCCUGUUGAGAAACAAGAAGAAGACAAAGACAAAUUCAAGAAUCAAAUGUUUGGCACCAUCAUCAAUAGCUUCACAUUAAGCAAAGACUUGGUAGUCGAAAAACCCGAUGACAAGAAAAAGGAAGAUAAGAGCAGAGAAGACUUGUACAUUCCCCCUAAUAAUAUUGGCAGCAUCACAAUUACACCCGUUCCUAAUAGCAGUAAAGAGAAGAAGAUAAACUCUGUUAUAACAACAGAGAAGCAUAGCGAAAGCCUAAUUAGGGUUAAGUCUCCAGCGGCGUUAAACGAUAUGGUAAAAAAAGACAAGGAAAAACAUAAAAAGUCGGAAAAGAAUCAUAUCAAAGAUAAGAAAGCUGAAGUUCCUCUACACGUCGAUACAAAUAUACAGCCCAGCAAUAAAGAGCCAAGUCCCAAUUCAUAUGAAAAACAUAAAGAGGGUUAUAUUAGAGUAAAAUCUCCAGCUGCACUGAACGAUAUGUUGAAGAAAGAUAAAGACAAAAAUAAAAAGCCUGAUAAGAACCAUGUCAAAGACAAGAAAGUUGAAACCCCUCUACAUGUGGAUACGACUUUCCAGACUGGUAAAAAGGAGACUAGUCCCAAAAAUAAGGAAGAGAUAACACAAAAGCAAAUUGAAAGCAUGAGGAUAGCGGAAAACAACAUUCCUAGGCCAGCAUUAGUUCCCGUACACCAUUCACCUACAUUUGCAAAACCAGAUAAAAGACCACCUGAAGUGAAAAAGAAGAAAGACGUUGUCAUAGUAUCUGACUUGGAUCCAUUGGGUGAUGUUCAACCUGAACCUUUUGCUGUGGACGAUAGUAGCAGCGAUGUUGAAGUGAUUGAAGAUAAGAAUACUGACAAAAGUGUACCUAAGAGUGAUAAAAAUGACACAGUGCCUUCAAAGGACCGAGUGAGUGCGCAAGACGAACUAAAGAAAGUAAACAGUGUGAAACAAUGUAAAGCGGCGAGUGUCGUGACCGCUGUGAAGGACGGUAAAAGUGAAAAACGUAGUGAUUCGUUAGACGAAUCCACUAAAGAAGAUAUUGAUAAUAUUAUGAGGAAUAUAAGGGAGAUGGAGCAUUCACAAGAGCCAACCAAGCUGAAUACCAGUUCUUAUGGUGGUGUAAUAACUAGCGUGAAGCACGAGAAGUCUUCCAGCCAACCUCCGUUCAACGCAAGGAACUCUAUAUUCGGGGAGGCUCGGUCAGAUAAAGACAAGUUAACGAGCUUCUUUGAACAAAAUGGAUGGAUGUAG